CAGCCGAGCACGAAAGCAGAGACCCCGGAUCCGACGGCCCGCGCGCCCCCCGCCUACACUCUUCCUUCCGUUCCGCCUCUCCUCCUUUUAUUACUGCUUCUCCCCGGCCCACGCCCACGCGCACAUCGCCUCCUCCUCAGCCACCGAGAUCGGAAUCGGCGCCUCCCCGCCCCCGUCUGCUUCCGCCAUGGCGCCCUCUCUGCUCGGGGGGCUUACCAAGUCGCUGGCGAUGACGGUGCUCUCGGAGGUCGGGGACAAGACCUUCUUCGCCGCAGCGAUACUGGCCAUGCGCCAUCCCCGGAAGCUCGUCCUUGCCGGCUGUUUAUCUGCAUUAACAGUGAUGACAGCUUUAUCUGCUUCUCUAGGCUGGGUUGCACCAAAUCUGAUAUCACGUAAAUGGACCCAUCAUGUGACCACUCUGCUGUUUUUUGUGUUUGGCAUCUGGUCAUUGUGGGAAGGCUUCAAAGAAGACGGAGAGUCAGAAGAAUUGGCUGAAAUGGAAGCAAAGCUGGAUGCGGACUUCAAGAGUAACAAAGGGGAACAGAAAAACAAAUCAAAGGCAACUGAUGAUACGAAGAAACAGCGAAGACCAUUUCUCAUGCAGUUCUUCUCACCAAUUUUUCUAAAGGCAUUUUCCAUUACUUUCUUUGGCGAGUGGGGUGACAAGAGCCAGAUUGCUACAAUUGGCUUGGCUGCUGACGAAAACCCAUUUGGUGUUGUCAUUGGGGGAGUCAUAGCUCAAGCACUCUGCACUACUGCUGCUGUCAUGGGAGGGAAGAGCCUUGCCUCGCAGAUAUCUGAGAAGAUGGUUGAAUUGUCAAGUGGAGUGCUAUUCCUGUUGUUUGGCAUAUUGUCCUUGUUGUCAGGACCGGAAGGGCAAUUGUAAUGUCUUCAGGAAGCUCAGCACAACGUGUCAGCACAGCCUCCUGUCCACUUACCAAGCUUUGCUUUUAUUAGACUUAUCUUAUUGAUGGUGUGAUGGUGAUGAAAGCCAGCCGUCCUUCACGAACAGGAUGGCGAUCCAUUAGUUUAGUCAACACAUUGUAACAUUUGACUUGCAAUGCAUAAAUAACUAGAUGUUACUACAAUAUGUCGCCAUUGCUUCCUGUUGUUGCCAACACCUGAAAAUAUUCAGUAAAACCCACGGAGAAGUUGCUAUCGCACCUAUGGGUGUGAACUGCAGAGCUUUUGGUACUCAUUAUAAUCUCAAAAGGCAACAAGUAGGUAGGGAGUCAUUUGACUUUAAGGAGUUUAAGAUUAAAUUGUCUUGCAUCA